GUUAUCAAAGGUUCCACUCCUGUGGUAUCGACUUGUUGAAUUUGAUCGGCAAAUUCAAUAGCAGCCUCUAAAGUGUCUAUGCCUUGUUUAUUGGCACAAUCAACGAGAGAUAAUCUUUCUAGCAACGCUAUAGUGUCAGCAUCGAUUUUCGUUUUGGGGGGCAGUUUUUGGGGAUCUAUACAGGACCGGUGGGGCUUUUCAGGUAUUAAGGUUUUUAACGGCGCCGUUAACGGUUUAGGGGUUUUAACACAACAAUAACGUCUCAAUUGCACUCGAAUAAAGCCUAUUUUGUUCAUUACUAAACGUUUUUAAUAAGGAAAAUGUUUAAAUUAUUUCAUAACAACAAAUAACAUUAGACAUAACCUAGAAAUAUUUUGAAAGUGCGUCUUCUUUUUUUUGUUGGCAUCCCUGUGGAUCACAUUUACAGGGUUGCCAUUUUUGUAAAUAUGGAUUUGACAGCUGUUAUCUUAUAAUGACACUCGCGGCCAUGACAUGACGUCCUCAAAAAAAAACCCAAAGUAAACAAAAAUAAAUUAAUUUAACCCUGUGCUGAAAAAUGAAGUCAAAUUAAUCAAAAUAAAUUAAUCUGCGGCUCCCCGUAGCCACUAAAUAAAAAAAUCAGUGCAGUGCUCCUUACCUCAACCCAAAAAUGAUUGACAAAUAAAUUAUUUCCACCCUUUUACAAAGCUAUAGAAAAAUGUCUGGUCAUGCAGUGGUUGUAUGGGAAUACGAAAUACGAACCGGAUAUUGGAAGCCCUACACUCCCGAAGUAAGUCAGCAUUUGGAAAGGGCCAACGCCAAACAACUGACCAGAGUCAUCCUGUCAGAUGCUGACCCUACGUUGCAAAACUACUACGUAAACCUGAGGACUUUGACUCAGGAAUUGGAAUACUCAGAAAUAGCGGUUCCUGUUCGUAGAAAAUGUUACCCGCCCUCGUCUCCCGCAGGAAAAGGGGCCAAAUGGGAGUGUGUAGGAUCGGAUCACGACUGGCACGCUUUCGACAUGGAUAUUCAAUGCUUAAUAGAAGAAGCUUGGGCCAAAGGAGACCAAACCAUUGACAUGAGUAAAACGCAUUUAGGCUUUCCUUAUGUAAUUAACUUUAGCAAUUUGACUCAAAUGUGGCUGGCAAACGGUUACGUUAGAAGUGUGAGGCGAAUCAAACAAGCCCCUUAUCCUCUGGUUAAAGUCAGGCUAGAGGAACUGGCUCCGGUAACUGGCAGAAGAAAUGCUGACUUGAGAAAAACCUACCCGCAAGCUAAUCAAGCGGCUAAAGUUAUAGGCACAAGUGCAGCACUAAAUUCUGACUCCAACAAAAAAAACAGCAACAAAAAAAAGUCUUCUAAAACAACAAAAACUAGUAAUGAUACACCUACUAAUUUGGCCAGAGUUAUAUUGAGCAACUUGAAUAUUUUUGGGCAUAAAUCUACUAGUAAUAAUAAUGCAACUGCCGCAGCUAAUCAGUUGGAAAACCGCACUUUAUUGGAUGCUGAUAGUAGCAGCACAAAAUCAGGCAGGAGGCCGAGUUUGGAUACAGUUUCGACUUAUUUGAGUCAGGAGAGUAGGGAGAGUCAAGCUACAGCUUCUACAGCCGAUUUGAUUAAUUGCAGUGGAAGCGAUGAUGGUAUAGUGGAAGGAGUCGAUAAUAUUGCUUCUAUAAUUGGUUUAGAUCCAGCAAGUGCCAGCAUAUCUCGCUUCGUCCGAGUCUCAAAAUCCAGCGAAUGGGCCCCCCGCCAACCUUGCCCCCUCUGCAGGCAAACACUGAAACCCAGUUUAGUCGUAAUCGCCCUCCCUUGCAAUCACGUGUUACACUUGGAUUGUCUCAACUAUUCUUUAACGGAGCUGCAGGAAGCGGGAGAUCAACUGCACAUCCAGUGCUCAGUUUGCGGUUGCAUUUAUGGAGAAAAGCAUGGUAAUCAACCUCCUGGGACUAUGGAGUGGGGCGUCAUCGAACGCAGCUUGCCUGGCUAUCAGAAUUUUCGCACUAUACAAAUUGUUUAUAACAUUCAAUCAGGCAUUCAAGGCCCAGACCAUCCAAAUCCAGGCAGGGAAUAUUACGCUGUUGGUUUUCCAAGAGUGGCUUACAUUCCUGAUAAUCCUAAGGGCAGAAAAGUGUUGAGGCUUCUAGAUGAAGCCUGGCAUAGGAAAUUGAUAUUUACUAUAACUAGAUCAAAUACCACUGGAUGUGAAGAUGUGGUGUCCUGGAACAUUCCACACAAGACUGAAAUGGGGCCUAGUAAUAACAGCUACAGCUAUCCGGAUCCUGGUUAUCUUACUAGUGUUUUACGAGAGCUGGAAGCUUUGGGGGUUGUUGAGGAGAAUAGAGGUAAAUAAUUUUAAGGAUAAAGUAAUUUUUUUUUUUUUAAACCUGUUGCAAUAACCUAAGAGUCUUCCUUUAUUUUUGUAUAAAUUUUAUUAUUUAGCUAAUAGUUAUCAUUCGUUUAAUUUUGCAAUUAAUUAGUUUUCUCUUGGACUCAAAAGCAAAGCUUUAAUUUGUUUUUUUUUUUUUAGAUUUUUUAUUUUAAAGACUUUAAAAAGUAUUAUUUAGGUUUAACUCUUUGGGAAUUUUCCAUUUUUACUUUCUAAAAGACUUCUGUAUUUUCUUAAUAGAUUUUAGUAUAUUUUUAUAGAUCUUGUACAUUGCUUGCUGUACACUACUCAAGACAAAUACUGAAUUUAGUACAAAGCAGUUUACAUAAAAAAAAUCGUAUUUUUUAAGAACUAAUUUUUAAUGAAGAACGGGGGGCAAUAUUUUUAUAAGCUGUAACAUUUUUAAGAUGGAAUUUAAUACCACAAAAUAGGCAAUACAUUUUCUUUUCGUAAGAGUAAUUAUUUGAGUUUUGAUUAAUUAGAAAUUAUAAUAGAAUCCCAACACUCGUAGUACUGUACACAAACAGCCAUUAAAUUAAAUUAAAAUUAAGUACCUUAAAACACAGCCUCAAAUUCUCAGAGCACAUUUUGCAAAAUCUCAGGCCCAGGAAAACUGAUUUGGGUACCCAACCGUGUUACGCUAUCGGCUGCCACAAUACAAGCAGCCUUAAUAGCAUUUUCCAUUGAAAUAUGGUCGUAAUUGGCCAAACAGAAGGCCAGAGCCCCAAUAAAAGCAUCUCCAGCCCCUGUAGUGUCGAUGCUUUUUACUUUGGGAGAAUCUACAUGAAGAAGCUUUUUGCUUGGAUCGUUGGAUAAGUAAACAGCACCUUCAGCUCCUACAGUUAUAAGUACACUUUGACAGCCUUUUGAUAUUAGGAGUUUUGCUGCAAUUUCAGCUUCACUACAAUUAUAAAUAAUCAACUAUGUAUUAUUAAAUACAAAAUAAUUAUCAUUUACCAGACAUUAUUUACAGGAAGCCCAGUAAAUACAGAAGCCUCACUUUCAUUGACACAAAAUAUUGAAGGCAAUUUUAAUAGCUCCAAAUUGUAUUGAGCUAAAGCUGGAGCCCCAUUUAAUAUAGAAAUCCCUUUGCAUAGUUUUAAAGCUUCAAUAGCAGUCUCGACAGGUGUCUCCAAUUGUAACACUAAAACUUUAGCUAAACUAAUUAAUGGCUGAGAGUCUAGAACAUCUUUAGGACUUAAGCUAAGAUUGGCUCCAGCUACAAUUACAAUUUGGUUAAUGCCAGAGUCGGCUACAAUUAUCUGUGCAAUGCCGCUGCUGGAGUUUUCAGUUAUUCUAACAUUUUGUGUGUCGAUUUGCUCGUUUUUAAGAUUGUUGAUGUAUUUGGGGCCCCAAACGUCGUCGCCUACUCUGGCAACCAGGGCUACGUCUCCUCCUAGUUUGGCAGCGGCCACACAUUGAUUCGCUCCUUUUCCACCGAAAUUUGUUACAAAUUUGUGACCGUGUAUGGUUUCGCCUGCCUCAGG